AUGAACGCUGCUUCUCAAUUGUCACCUGACACUUGCCUUAAUUACCAACGUCAUGACAGUAUUGACUACAGUCGUCGACCCAGUUACUUUACCGGUUUAUUAGGCAAUCCCUCCAGUGAAGUCAGUAGUUAUGCAGACCAUCAAGAAACACCUAGCCCAUUCAAUGGCUAUGAAGAGUAUCCCGUUCAUCAUCCAUUGGAUACAAAAAGACGUCUGAGCACACUUGUUGAGCUUAACCAAUACAAUCCAUACUGUCCUCAAGUAGAUCCUUAUGCUGUUGUGAACCCCUGGAUUGCUGCUGCUGCUGCCAUGGCUGUCACUUCACCUACGGGUAGUGAAUCUUCUCGUAUCUCCUCUUCUCCCAUGAUGUAUGCUCAUCCUGCAGUAGACAUGUAUUCACCACAAAACUACUUUCAACAACCUAUGGAGCAAGGUUUCCAACCCAUGUUGGAUACCAUGGAUGGUAUGUUUCGCGAGCGUGCCUCGUCUGCUUCCUCUGCUUCUUCUGGUGACAGUGCUCUCAGUGUCAGUCCACCUGCCAGUCGUCGUACAAGCAAAAUCAAAUCACCCCUAAAACCCUCCCGCUCCCGUGGUCGUAGGGUUUCCAAUAGCCCCAGCAUUGCAGGACAAAAGGUCUUUACAUGUAAACAUGAUGACUGCGGAAAAGUAUUUAAAAGAUCAGAACAUUUAAAGCGUCACGUACGAUCCAUUCACACUUUGGAAAAACCCUUUGAAUGUCCUUACCAAUCUUGUUCAAAACGAUUUUCUCGUUCUGACAAUUUGAACCAACACAUUCGAAUCCAUCGUCAUACUGGAAAAGAUAAAAACAAUCAAUCAAGCACUGGCAAACAUACUUCAAUGAGCAAUUAUAUGCCCAUGUAUUAA